UGUAUUUCUGAUGCUAGAAGCACUACUUAUGUCAUUGGGACCUACUACGAUCAGGAAGACUGCGCACUUGUGAUCACUAUCGCGUGGACUACACGAUAUGAAGAGAUCAUGAUGAGAUAACACCCGAAGGUUUCACCGUCUCGCGCCAAAUUGGUGGAGCAGUUUGUCCUUAUGUGGUGCUCUACGUGCCCAUCUUAUAAGGUUGGAGCCCUCGAGCAGGCGAAACCAUCUCUUAUUGUGCUACAUACCAUCAAGCGCUAUGAACGACUUUCCGUAUAAGCUGUCUAUCGUUGACCAGCUAACAGAAUCCCAGUUGGACGAGUCAGUCAUGAUGUGUAUUAGAGGUUAUGUCGCGUCUCCAUCUAUCAAUGUCAUGACUGGUGGAAACAAGAGUCUCGAGGGGCCAUUGUUCCGCGCGAUGAUCAGGGCCUGCCAACUAGCUGGAAAAGUAUACAUAGCAACAAUUAUUGCUACAGGAGCCAUUGCUGGAUUAGCUCUCUGGUUUCCUCCAGGACAAGUUCUUUGGGAAAAUGAUGCGCAGAGGAAUCUCGGCCUAAACCAGUUUUUGGAGUCUCUGUCACCCAAGACCAGAGAUUGGUGGAUCAAUACGUAUGGUUCUGCACUAGCCCCUUUUGUCAAAACGGCGUUGUCUCCUCAUACCAUAGAGAACUGCUGGUACCUAAAUUGUAUUUGCGUCGAUCCGAAGUAUCAACGCCAAGGAAUCGCCACAAACUUGAUCAAAAUGGUGGAACAGGAGGCAAUGUCGACGUCGAUCCUUGCGCUCUGCACAGAUACAGAUGAGAAUGUUGCGGUAUACAAGGCGCUCCAAUUUGAAUACAAGGGAGAAGCGCCUCUACCAACUCCGGAAGAUGAACCCAUCAAUGUACAUUGUUUCACUAAGCCUGGCGAAAGGGUGUAGGAAUCACGUUCAACUGCAUUGGCAAGUAUGUCACGGCGAUAAAAGCAUCUCGAGAGCAGAGCUUGAGGGUGUAGUAUCACGGCCUACCAUCAGUAAUGCUCGUCCUGUAAAUUAAUCAUAUCGCCGAAGAUGUCUCUUUCCACCAUCCGAUAAUAA